UUUCAGUUCAGUUCUGGAGAUUGAGAUACUGGCUGAGCACCCAGUCCUGGCUUCCAGAACAACAUCCAAUUAAGCGUGAAUUCAAGAGCCAGGAGUUUAAGCAGGGUUAUCGUCACAAGCGUUUCCCAGCUCAACAGUGCCAUCCAGGGGGACUCUUGAGCAUGCUCCUCAGAGUGAUGGACGUACAGAACAUGGAAACCAUGCCGACCCAAUCGGUGCUCAGCCCUUUGCACACGUCGACCAAUCAGAAUCAAGGAGUGAAGGCGAUGGCCGUGUCUGGAAGACGGGAUCUGGAGAAGUCCGCAGUGGUGGGGACCAGUCCCAGCUCCAGUUCUUCCACCAGUUUCUCUUCAAAUUCCAGUUCCGGAGAUGAGACGGACAACGAGGAAAUGAGCAGCACAGAGAGUGCACAGAAUAGGCAGACAGCGAGAGCACCAGAGGACCUGCGCAAGGUCCUGACCCUGGUUGCCAAGCUGGAUCGGCGAAUCACAAGCCUAAGCCAGCAGCAGGACGAGCUUCAGAUGGAGAUGGAGGUGGAGGUGGCCUUGCUAGAAGGGGAGAUGCAGAUGGAGAAAGCGGAGCUGGACAAGGAGACAGAGCUGCUGGACAUGCUGCAGAAGAGACUCCAGGACACGGAGCAGAAAUACCAGUCAGAGAGAGAGAAGGAGAAGGCUAAGCUGGGGGCAGAGAGAGAAAAGCUAGAAGAGCUGCAGAUGCGUUGCUCAGAGUCUCGUAAACUCCUGGAAACGCAGCCGGAGUCCCACAGAGAGCAGCUGAGGUGCAAACUGCAUGAGGACUCUGACACGAUGGAAAUGGCACUCAAGGCCUUCGAGGACCUGGAGUUCCAGCAGCUGGAGAGGGAGAGCGCUCUUGAGGAAGCGAGGGAGAUGAUGCAGAGGCAGGCCUUGAUGGAAAUCUCCGGGCAGCAACACCGCGUCAACCACAGGAAGGAACAAGUAUUAAAGCUGCAGAAACAAGUGAAUGAAAUCAGACAGCAGACUGAGACGGAGUCCCGAAAACUGAGUCAGUGCAAGAAAGAAACAUCCAACAUACUCAACAUGCAUUUACUGAAGGAUAAGAAAUGCUUGUCUGAUUUCAGUAAUCUGACAGGCUCUGCUCCCUGUAUGUUAUCUAUCCCAGGCUUGUCUGUCCACAAUCCCACGAAGAAUUCCUCUCUGGGUAUGAGCGGCACGUCAGGUUUGCCAAGGAGGCGGUGCCAGCAGAACAAGCCCUCUGAUAGGCCAGUCUCAGUCCAUGGUCAGCAGGUGAAGUGUGUGGAUGUUGUCAACGGGUCUCCCAGCGGUGCAGCAGUCGAUGCUCUGCGUUCCCCCUCCUCCAAACACGCUUCCUCCCCCAAACUGAACCAGGCCAACAGGGGUCCCACCUGCAACGGGACAAGCAGGGCACCCACUCAGGGGUUCAGUAAUGGAAAUGGGCUCCCUAACAUAGCGGACAUGGAGAGGAAACUACGGGAGGCCAAAGCUGAGAGAGAGCGUCUGCUGAGGGCCAGGGAAGCCAAAAGACAAGCCCAAGAGGAAACCAUCAAAAAAGAGCUGGAGAGUGUUGAACCAACAUCCGCUUCUACACCAGAGCGCCAUCUAGAGACUGGCCCGGCGCCCCUCCGCUCCCUCAUCAGCAGUGUGACCUUUGACCUCAGGGCCCACCUGGAGGCAUCCGGUCACAGCGUCGAGACGUGCAAAGCGGUAACCGUCACCAGCAGGAGGUGCAAGGGUUUCCUCACCAAGAUGGGGGGCAAGAUCAAAACCUGGAAAAAGAGGUGCUUCGUGUUCGAUGGGGAAAAGAAACGUCUGGCGUAUUUCUCAAAUAAAGAAGAAACGAAGCUAAAGGGAGUGAUCUAUUUCCAAGCCAUUGAGGAGGUUUACUACGAUCACCUGCGCAGCGCGUCUAAGAGUCCGCACCCCAAGCUGACGUUCUGUGUGAAGACCUACGACCGACUCUUCUUCAUAGUUGCACCGACACCCGAGGCCAUGAGGAUCUGGAUGGAUGUAAUCGUCACGGCAACGGAUGAACAUCAUCGCUACUGAACCUGUACCGCAACAGGCCCCAUGGACCUCUGUACAGAGCUGGACCAUCACCUGUAGUCUUGGAGAUCUUGAAUAGAUAUCCCUGGACAUGGAGCGCACAAGAUCUGCAGGUCUCCUGUCCAGGUUUGGGGUUGGCAUUUCUGGAGAUUGGACAGUUUUAUCUUCUGCAACGUUUCCAUCUGCACCUUGCAAACCAGUCUGUAAAUCGAUUUCAAUAUCCAGCCUCCCUGUAGUCUCCCUGCAGUCUAUGGUCCAGGGCUUUAGACGGCAUCAAAGACGCAUCGCUGUUUUUGCGUUUGCAGGAUUUCUAAAAUUCUUCUCCUACCUCCUGCUGUUUUCUCGAUGCUGUAAUUGGCAGCCUUUUAAACCUACAUGUUUGUUUUCUUCACCAGUUUGGUGUUUUCUCAAAUCCUUUUGCGUUGACGCUCAUUAGGUCAUUCAGAAAGAGUUUUGAGAGACUGUGAAUCAUCAUAAUGUUAACUGGGAUUGAGAGAAUUCAAAUAGACUUUUGUCUGAUGGAAACUGAAUUUGUGUUGCUUUCAACUGGAUGGCUAAUGAAAUUAAGGCAAAGCUUUUGUUGGCUUUUUUAAAAAUAAUGAUGCACAUUUUGCUGUGCUUUUUUUUUUUUUUUUUUUUUGUAAAUAAGAAUUUUACUGUCACCCCCUCGUGACAAAAGGGUACAAAAGCCAGUUGAAAAUAAUGUUACAUUUGUAUUUUUGCACAUAGACAUUUAUCAAAGAACAAAAGUGCAAUAUUCACUGAAUGUAUAAAUAUGUAUUUAAAGCAUUGUUAAGCUAUUCCUAAAUGCUCAAUUUGAAUUAAGGUAAAACUGUUAAGCUAAAUCAAGCAGACUAAGGUUUUGGUAAGUGCCUUUUUCAAUGUACUGUGGCCAAAUAAAUAAAUAAAUUCA